CCCCCGGAAGAAAAGUGUACGGCUGAUGACUUCCGAGCCGCAGUCUUGUGGUUAGAAUCCUGGGAUGAUGCUCUCUGGUCCCCCAGUUGGGCAGGCAAAGCCGACAUUGGCUCCUCUGCGAUGAAUCCCCUUCAAUCUUCCCUUGUCUCCGAAUUCGACUGCAGUUUGAUUGUAUUGAUUCACCCAAUGGCAAACAAUGGACUCUUUCGUAUCGGCAUCCUUCGUCCAAAGGAGAUCGGUCAUGAAGCAGGUCCGUUAACUACAGGUCUUCUACUCAGUGCUCCACUACUCGGUUCAAUGGUUAGAUCGACUCUCACUUCUACACUUCACCGACUUGCUUCGGACGCAGAUCCUCCUCAUGUAACUUCUGGGGAAGGUUGGGCAGUUCCAAGGAGACAUCGAUUAUCGAUGACGUCUGCGAUGAUGUCUGGAGGUGGUGGUGGUGAGAAGGCAAAACGUCCAGCUUCUGCUGUCGAGCUCCUCCUCUGGUCUGUUGAAAGGUGCUACUAA